AUGUGCUACCUUGCAGGAUCGACGCCUUUCCCACUGACUUCGCCCCCGCUUGGAGAUGUCUUGUCAGCACAUGCCACCCUGCAUCUGCUCACAGAUGGACCCAGCACGAUCUUCGAGGACGCGGAAUGCGCUCGGCUGUACGCCGAGGCUUGUAGCAGGUUGAGCAAGUUCGAAGAGGCGGAGACGGCGCUGAGAUGGACGGCCUCGCGCACAGACAAAUCCUCGACCUUCUCGAGCGGCAAAGUACACCCGAGUGCCGAUGCGAAAUCCCCAACUGGUUCGUCAGUCGACUUGUCAAAGGGCAUGCUCGAACCGCAUCGUGUCGUUCCAGGCUUGACGCGCGAGCAGGUGAGAGCGCAGGCCCACGAUGAGGCUGAGUUGGCCGCUCUGGCUUGCAAAAGUGGCAAGAGCCAGGAUGCGGAAAUUGGGUAUGCGGCAGCGGGCGUCGAUCCUUGGAAUUGGCGCGCUUGGAUAGGAAGGUGCGGACUUGGUGAGUGGUGGUAGAGACGCUGGCGGCAUGCUGUGAAAGGCAUAUCCGAGAAUGUAGACUUAUCUUCUCUUUCGCGCACCACCUCUGUACGCUUCAACCAGCCUCCGACCCUUCGGCCGAGUACGCGUUUCCAGGCGCUCUGGCCCACCACUCCCCAGCGGUCUUCUUCGCGGCCGUCUUCCUCGAGCGGCUGAGCGCCGCAGGAAUAGAAAUCACUGCGGAAGGAUGCCUUUCCUGGGUCGCAGGCCGAAGUGCUAAUGCAGAGCAGGAAGGGAGAGUGGGCAGCAUGAGCAAAGCUAACGCGGCUGUAGCGAAAGAAAGCAAUGUGGUUGAAGCUGCUGCCGCGGCUCCCACGCGAGCUGGCACUCACACCUCUGCUCCUCAGGUCCGCCCUGGCUCACGGCAUCCUUCUCAGACUGCUGGCAGCGCAGUAUUCGCUGGGGUCAAGCGAGUGAGAGCAGCCGGAACAGUUGCUGCACCUUCUAGCGCAAACGCAACCAGAUCGCAAAGCACCACGCGCAGCGGCGCGGCCGCCACGACUCGUCCAGGUGUGAGGCAAGGAUUGUCCAUUGGCCGCCAGAACGAACCGCCCACUCGACCGGCUAGCAGUAUGAGUGGAAGCAGCAUUCUGACCUCUUCGGCAAACGCGGCAGAUGAGAAACCGACUUCUUCUCAAAUUGUCAUUGGAGGAUCUCAAAGUCAGCGAGUUACCAGAUCUGCUCUAGCUCCUACUUCUGGAGCAGCACAGACCAGGUCGCGCACGGUCAUUUCGCAGGGUGGGAGGAGCGCUGCCACCAGAAACACCCCUUCGUCCGCAUCUCAGACUACACCUGCUCCACAAGGGGCGGCAAGGACAAACGCCGUUGCUGGCAGGACUGCCGUAGCGACUGGUACACAAGCCCCCCGACGUGCCAUGAGGGCCGGUGCACCUUCCUCUGCGACUUCCUCGGAAAACGAAGCGGGGCCUGGACAUCGCAAUGCGGGCCUGCCUGCAGGUCGAUCGAACAGUAGCGGUCAAAACAAGGAGCGCAAUAAUGCGCUUGGUGAAGAGCCGGCCGCGAUGGAUCGUGCGCUGAGGGAGGUCUUGCGAGCGUCUUGCGAAGAGGCUGCUCGCCUGGCUUGCAUUUGGUCUGCUGUGGAUGGAGCGGUGUUGGACGUGGUGCGGACGAUGGCGGAAGCCUAUGGCGCCUUGAGUCGAAACGUGGGCCGCAAAGCCUGCUGGGUUUUGCGACCUUCGGAGGAGAUGUUUGGCGAGACUUCUUCUGGCUCUAAAACGAGGUCUCUUGGUGUCGGUGAAGGCUGGAAAGAUCGAGGGGAUCAUAGGAGGGGCUCAUUGCCUGCUUCUGUGCGCGAUGCGCCUGCUACGAGAUGCCUCUUGGGCAUUGCCGCAUACCAAAUGGCGGACUAUGCUACUUCUGAACGACACUUUGCCUAUGCGAGAGCCAAGGACCCCUCGAUGGUGCAGCACAUGGACAUUUUCUCCACAGUCUUGUUCUAUCUCAAGAGGGAAGUAGCGCUCUCUGCGCUCGUCUGUCACUUGAUGCUGCUGGACUCUUCGCACCCUAUCGCUCAGAUCGCAGCAGGAAAUGCUUACUCGAUGCAAGGAGAGCAUUCGAUCGCUUUGAGGUGUUUUAGACGAGCGGCGCUCGCUUCGCCUGCUCAUCCUUAUGCUUAUACGCUGGCGGCACACGAAGCGAAAAGUUUGAACCUGCUCGAACGAGCUAUCGCGCUUUAUAGAGCGGCGAUCAGAGCGGAUCAGAGGUUUUGGAACGCUUGGGCCGGGUUGGCAGAGGUUUAUAUGGCCAAUGAGUCUUUUGACCUCGCAGAGUAUCACUGGGGAAUGGCCUUGAGACUCAAUACCGGCAAUGCGGUCUUGUGGGACGUAUAUGGCCGUGUGAGUAAAGGCACACACGCGAAUCAUGUCCUGCUCUUGGUUUGUUCAGCGCGCUUCUGACGCGCGAUUUUCUUCUUGUGCUUGUUACAGUGCCAGGAAGCGCUCAGUAAUCCUGUAGAAGCACGCACGGCGUACGAACGAGCUAUCAGUCUGGAUGCCAAGCUCCCCAGCACUCGCCUGCGUCUUGCCCAGCUGCACGCGUUCUUUGGUGACACGGAGGUACGUGGUCUUGAGCGCAUCGCAGUAUGCCAAGCUCCUUGUUCUCACACGCUUACGACCUCUUGCUCUCGCUUUUCUGCCAACGCUCAACAGAAAGCGCACGAGCAAUUGCUGUUGACUUGCCAACUAGCGCCCGACGAACCCUCGGUGCAUCUAGAGCUGGCUCGAUCGUACAUGAAGCUGGGCGGAGGAGAAUUUUCAACCGCUUCCACCUCUCGCAAGAAGACGCAGCUGGAGAGGGAAAAGCGUGGAUGGAGCGCCUGGUCCAAUGCUCAGGGCAAAAAGGUGCUUCGAACCGCUCUUCCAGAAAAGAUGCAGGAAUUGGUCGCGCACCAUCUUUGUGCGGCCAUCGAUCUGGACCCGAGAUCGCUCCGGGAGAUCAAGAGUAUGGGAGAGGGAGCUACGAACGCGUUGAGAGGGGCGGCUUGGCAGUCUAG